CUUAUACAUCUCUAUGCCGUUGUUGUGCAAUAUCUAAGGCGUGUUCCUUUUAAAAAGCUGAAGGUAUUUAGACAGUAGGGAAGCAUUUCUAAAAAUCUCGGUAAACCAUUGUAAUAAGUAUGCCAGUUUAUAUUAUCACCAUAGGUUCUUGUGUCGAACGGUGCUAAAUGAACCAUGGUGCAUGCAUGGAAGUAUUCGGGGCGGAGAAGUCUCAGGCCUCUGCUAUGGAAGUCCUGGAGAAACCGCCAUGCAAGGUCCUGUACCCACAAUUUUGUGUUCAGGCGCUUUGUGGCUUCGAUGGAUCUAGCUGUGGAGUUAAGUAUGCGUCCUUCGCAGCCUUCGCACCGGCAGUGUUGGAUACGGAUGCCGGUAUGCCAUGUUUUCAGACCUGUUGUCGCAGCGCGGGCUUCGAAGCACGGCGCCGUUGCCCGGCGGGUGUGUUGGGGCCGCGGGACAUUGAGGCCGCCAUCAUGGACACGGGCGGCGAUGCAGGGAGCCUGGUACCCCGGGUUGUUGAUGGCAAAGGCAAGGCUAGCGUGUUGGUCUGCCUGACAAAUGUUAACCCACAUGGGAAUCCUGACAUGGCGCCACAGGCGGAUACAUUCUUCCGGGAGAAUCAGCUUCCAGCAUACUACGGCGAAAUCGACUCCAUCCGAAAUCACCAAUUGAAGCGUUCAGCCGACGCUGCUUCACUGCGAGUCGCUGCGACACAGCGAGUCGCGACAGACCCAAGUGUCAUUGUCCCCUUCCGUUCUGCCGAGGGACUUGAGCGUGCGGGACACGUUGAGCUCUUUGAGCGGCUCAAGGUGGUCACAUCCGCAUUGAUCGCCGAGCGGGCAGAUCGAAUAGCGCUGGACAGGGAGAUUAAGCGGCGGACAUCCCUUUUCCAGGCUGAUAGAGAUCUCAACUACAAGGACAAACAGAACCAGCGCGCCACUCUCAAGUAG